CAAAGCUCAAGUCAGGUUGAAUAUUGCUGCAGGAGUGCCGGAAUAGGUUGUUCACCACCAACUUGGUCCUUGACAAUACGCGACCCCCGCCAUGGCCAGCACCAUCUGCCCUACGUGCUCCUGCACGGAGAUCGAUGUGGUGGAUGUGAGCGGUGAGGCCGUGUGUGUGAGCUGUGGUACCAUUCUCGAGGAGAACAACAUCGUAUCGUCUAUCGAGUUUCAGGAGUCUGGUGGCGGCGCGCACUCAGUCGUCGGGCAGUUUGUGUCGGCCACAGCGUCCAAGGCGUAUGGCAACAUUGGAACCAGCGGGCGCAACUACGGAAUCGAGUCACGUGCUAACACUCUGGCCAACGGCAAGAAGAAAAUUCGCCAGAUUGCAGGAAUGCUGCGCUUGGGAGACCAUUAUGUGGACUCGGCCUUCCGCCUCUUCGCGUUGGCAUUGCAACGCAACUUCACGCACGGCCGCAAGACGCAGACGGUUAUCGCUGCCUGUCUCUACAUCGUCUGCAGGAGAGAACGCUCACCGCACCUGCUUAUCGAUUUCUCUGACAAGCUACAGAUCAACGUCUACGUGUUGGGUGGUGUCUUCCUUAAGUUCUGCAAGCUGCUACAGAUUCACUUGCCACUCAUUGACCCAUCGCUCUACAUCCACCGCUUCGCUUCGCAGCUGAAUUUUGCAGGCAAGACUCACAGCAUCGCUACCACAGCGCUGCGUCUUGUGGCCACUAUGAAGCGCGAUUGGAUUGAAACAGGUCGCCGUCCUUCGGGCAUCUGCGGUGCAGCGUUGCUUAUUGCGGCACGUUCACAGUCGGUUAUGUGCAGUCUGCACGACGUUAUGGAUGUCGUCAACAUUGGAGAACGCACGCUCAAGCAGCGACUGUAUGAGUUCUCUCUAACCCCAACGGCGCAGUUAACUUACGAUCAAGUAGGUAAACUCGAGAUGUCGCGUGUGGAGUGUGAUCCGCCUAGUUUCCAGCGUCACCGUGAGAAGGAAGUCAUGGAAAUGUUGCUGCUUGAAUCGGAGAAAUUGCCACUGGAACAGAAAGGACGUAAGCGACUAACAAGAGGAAGGAGAGACUCUGAUGAUGAGAGUGAUGAUGACGAGAGUGGCGGUGCAUUGGCUAAGGGUAUGUUGAACAAGAAAGUGCAGCGCUUGAAGGACGAGGAGAUGUCGCGUUUCUUAAGUGGGGAUGCGUAUUACAAGAAGAAGCAGGCCGAAGCGCUCCUUGGAAGUAACGGCGGUGCCGUUGCGGACAAAGGCGAUGAUGACAACGAUGAUGACGAAGACAUUGACUAUGGAUUUGACAAUGCCAAUGAUCAGAUUGUGAACCGUGCUAGUCGCUUAGCGGCUCAGGAAGUUCUGCUACGUGUGCGCAAGAAAUCGGCUCGCUACAUUAUGCGCAAGCGUGAGGAGGCUAGUUUCUACAAGACAAUCGAGCGAGACCUGACCAUGGCGCUUGAGGAGGAUACAUCAGCACGAGUUAAGCGAAAUGGAGAAAAGGAGCACGACGAUGAUGUUAACGGUGAAACAGAACACAGCACUAGCCCUACAACAUCAGCUGACGAUGAAGCCGUGUCUACGGUAAUAAGAAGACGAAGGUCACGAGACUUAGCCGAUAGUAGUAGUGAAAAGAGGAGAAGAUCAAGGUCAGAUGGCGAUAUUCAUGAACAAGAAGAAGAUGCAGAAGACCCAGAAGACGAAGAUAAGGUGGCUGAGAAGAAGGACGACGCUGAGAAAGGAGAACCCAAGAAGGAAGUUGUAGACACGCUCUCGGACUUGGAUGAUGAUGAAAUCAACUCAUUAUUGCUGACACGAGAGGAGGCCGAGAAGAAGAAAUUGCUGUGGGAGAAGAUGAACAAGGAUUUCAUCCAAGAACAGGAGCAAAAACGACUACUUGGCUUGUCAGCGCCUGAUGCCCCGAAGAAAAAGAGAAGAAAGAAAACCCCGGAUGUGAACGCGCCACCCCCAGAUACGGCGCAACACGCAAUCUAUGUGAGCAUGACCACCCCACUCUAUUUUUCCUCAUAAACGUGGCUGACCUCGCACUUUUCCCGUUGGACAGAAAUUAAAAAGCCGAAGAAUCAACUACGAAGUCAUCGAUGAACUCUUUGGUGAGGCGGCAAGCAACGGGUUUUAGCAUGGAUUCGCAAAUUGACAAGCUGUGGCACCUGUUACGUUUGUUUGGCUUCUUGGAUACGUGCUGAUGGGCUUCCUGAAGACGCUUUUGGAAACGAGAGCAGCAAGCGUGGUGAUUGUCGACUAAAUGGAACUGAUUCUCACUUCUUCUGUUUAUGCUACGCUGCUUGUCGAUGUUUAACGAAUUGGCCGAAUGAUAAUAGGUUCAUGAGGAUUUAUUAGUUCGAAAACAAUACUUGAGUCUAGCCUUGAUGCAGGGCAGUCGUAUGUACAAUAUCUAUUAAGCUGCCUCUGGUCGCGAUGCAGUCAACACAACAGCAUCUCCAGAUCUUCCAGCGGCAAAUGAGCGACUUCACCGAACUCUUUGGUGCUGUAUUUCGUCGCGACGGCAGCCAGCUCGCUGGGUUGAGUCAAAAGUGACCACAGAUCUUGUGCACACGGGACGAUCACGUCCACAGUGUAACCAGUGAGCUCUACGAGGCGAGAGUUCCAAACAAGACAAGGCGCCUGGUUCUCGACGUAGCAGUAAGCUGCGAGCAAGCACGCGCAAGCAAUGACCGAGGCGUCGUAUGUGGCUCCGAAGGUAAAGUCGAGCAGCGAGCACUCCGCGAAGU